AUGUCGGUGGUGCCCGGUGACAGGACCAGCGAGCACAAGCUGAGGCACAGGAUGGUCCCUCUGAACAUCAGAGAAACCUUUUUCGCUGCGGCAGCUGCGGGGCUCAGCUAUGUCGGGGCGUACGUCAUCAACACCUACAAGAGCUACGACAACUUUCUGCAGGACAAGUACGCGCUGCUGCCGGCCGUGAUCAUCAUCUGCGUGGCCGUGGUGAUGUUCGUCAUCGGGCUGAUCGGCUGCUGCGCCACCUUCCGCGAGUCCCGCGUGGGCCUGGGGCUGUUCUUGGCUAUUAUCCUGGUUAUCUUCAUUGCAGAGGUGUCCGCUUUUGUUCUGGGAUUUGUUUACAGGGAAAAGGUAAAAACUGAUGUGCAAGGUACAAUGCGCUCAGUCUUUGAGAAGUAUGACGGAAAAAACCCAGAGUCUACGGUUGUGGAUUACUUGCAAGAACAGCUUCACUGCUGCGGGGUGAAGAACUACAGUGACUGGACAACCACCCAGUGGUUUAACUCCACUGGGAACAACAGUGUCCCCCUGAGCUGCUGCCAGCAAGAGGCCAAGAACUGCACAGGGCAUCUGGAUCGGCCUCAGGAACUCAACACACGGGGCUGUGCACAGGAGCUGGAGACUGGGCUGCAGAGCGUUAUCAGCUAUGCUAUGCUUGUAAUCCUGGGGUUUGCCAUCGUAAAGUUCUUCGGCAUGCUGAGCGUCUGUGUGCUUACUUGCAAGAAGGAAGAAAGUGGAUAUCAGCCCCUUUACUCAGGGGUGUUUGCCUAAUAAACAAACUGAAGAGAACAAUCUUGCUUCCUGAUGAUGAGACUGACUUGUGAUCGUGCCACGCAUUUCUGAAACAUUACUCUAAGUUCGGACCUGUGACUGCAGGUGGCACCGGGUGGUGUAGUAGGCUCCGGAAAGAAACUUUUCUUCUGACCUUCCUUCCUCUGCCCUGAAAACAUGCAGCAGAAACUUUAUCUUUCAGUCAAUAAAGUGCUGGAGACCACAGGAGGGGUUUCAGUUGUUCGCACAAACCUCGGGUCAUGCCCAUGAUGUGGUUUUAAACAACAAAAGAAACUCCUGAAUGCCAGGUUUAAAUGCUCUUUGUUGGCACAGAGGGGAUCUGUAGUAUGUUUUUUCUGUAUCUGAUUGUGCAGUUUCGGUUUUUCCCUUCCUUAUGCUGUAACUCUGUUUAGUGGCAGAGGUUGUUAGUGCAAGACAACCCCAUGUUUAAAGUCUAGAACAAUUUGUGUGAUUGUUUGGAGAAGUUAGCAAACAUGAUAAACUCCAGGUUUUGAGCUUUCAGGCUCAGAACUCUGUUUUGUUUUUAAUCUUUUAAUUGCUGACAUUAAAAAUUCCUUAUGAAGCAGGGCUUUUGAACAUUUUCUUCCUCCUUUUUUCUAUUGUUUGCCUGGGGAAUUAGUGUCAUGUUUCUGGCUUGACUGUGCUUCUCCACUAAAAUGUUAAAAAGAUGCAUUCUUGUAAACAGUAAUUUCAAUAGCCUGCUGUAGCGCUGCUUUUGCACAUUUCCUGUUCUCCUUAAUUUUGCUGGACACAGUCAGUCCUUGGAUUGCAUCCCUGCUUUAACGGUCCUUCUUUAACUCGUUUGUAUGUUAAUCUGUUCAUAAGCUCUUCAGGAUUUUGGGGAUAGAGAACAGGAGGAACUGUGAGCUUUUAUGUAUCAGGGAAUUGUGGAAAAGCAACAGAGCUUGUGCUGAUUCCUUCCUUGGAGAGAUAAGUAGCCUGUCCUUAACAAAAUAAACCUUUAUAUUUCUAGCUAAUCAGAAAAGAAAAUUAGCUUGGAAUCAAUGUAAACUGUUUAAUUAUCCCUACCCCAAAAGAAAAAAGAAAGCGAUGGGUGAUGAUGUCCUGUAAGAGACACACCAGCAUGAGCAUGUAUAUGUUGAAAACUGAGUUUUUAUUGAGGGCUUUGUCUUCUCUUAAAUGCUGAAAUAA